CACCAUCUCGAGAGGAAGUCAACCAAUGGGUCAGCUGUCGACUCUUCUCGCUCACCUCCACAGCUUGGCUGGGCCAGCCAUUACACUGAUCUAUCCCUUGUAUGCAUCGAUUCAAGCCAUGGAGAGCCCGGAGAAGCUUGACGACGAGCAGUGGCUGGCUUACUGGAUCCUCUACUCCUUCUUCACCCUCAUGGAAAUGGCAGCCGAGUCCAUCUUGUACUGGAUACCGAUCUGGUAUGAGAUAAAGCUGGUGUUGGUGGCUUGGUUGGUGCUGCCGCAGUUCAGGGGAGCUGCCUUUGUGUAUGAGAAAUUUGUGAGGGAGAAACUGAGGGAGUUUGGAGGAUCAGCAACAAACCCUAAUUCUUCCUCUCCCAAGGACAAGGCCUCCAGAGACAAGAAGAUCAAGAACAAGUUCCUCUCGUUUGUUACCUCGAAGAAGGCGGAGCAUGAGGCAUACUGCAAGCAACAGUGGAAUAAUUCCUUUCUUCCUUUUUUUUCCUUAUUGUUGUAUUGAAGAUCCUUUUGUGUAAUUAAUAUAUACACCACGCAGUGUUUGUGAAUUGAGUCAUCGGAAUUUGUUUUUUC